AUGAAGACUCGACCUGCGGGGAUCGGCAAUGUCAAUGCCAACUGGAUGGGUUCGCUCCCCUCCAAGCUCAGUGCCAUGCCUCUCAAACACCUCGCUGUGCCAGGGUCUCAUGAUUCUUUUACCUACUGGGUGGAUGUGCAUGCUCCUGUGGGGCCCGAUCAGAAGGCAUAUGUGAAGUACCUGGCCACUAUGUUCAGUGUCUUAGCCAAGAAAGUCAUGGUGAAGUGGUCCAUGACCCAGAAUCUGACAUUUAAAGAGCAGCUGGAUGCAGGAAUUCGCUACUUUGAUCUCAGGGUCUCCUCAAAACCAGGCGAGCCUGGAAAUGAGAUCUACUUCAUCCACGGCCUGUUUGGCCACAAGGUGAAGGAUGGCUUGUUAGAAAUUAACUCCUUCUUAAGCAGACACAGGAAAGAGGUAGUGUUUUUAGACUUCAACCACUACUAUGCAAUGGACGCAGAGCAUCAUGUGUACCUCAUCACCAUGCUCCAGGAAGUGUUUGGCAGCAAGCUUUGUAACAACUCUGCAGUGGAGGUCAUCACUCUGGACUUCCUAUGGGAGAAGAAAUACCAGGUGAUUGUGUUCUACCAUCAUCCAACAGCUCAGAGUAUCCCUGUCAUGUGGCCUGGCAACAAGAUCCCUGCUCCCUGGGCAAACACCACUGAACCCAGCAAGCUUAUACAGUUCCUGGAAACAACACUGAAUGAAAGAGCCAAGCAGGGCUCCUUCCACGUGUCUCAGGCCAUUCUCACACCCAGGCCUAACACUGUGGCCAAGGGCCUGGUCUGGGGGCUACGUAACUACCUGGUGGAGAGAAACCUACCAACCAUCAUGUCCUGGGUUGAGGCUCAGAGGCCCGGGGUGGACGGGGUCAACAUCAUCACCUCUGACUUUGUGGAGCUCACUGACUUUGCCAACAUUGUCAUCAAACUCAACAACCUGCUGUUGUCUGAACAUGACCACAAACCAAGAUGACACAACAACAAGACAAGCGUGUGCUGACCCACAGUGCGGUAGAGGAUGGAGGGUAGAUGUUGGAUAAUAGCUUACUGAACGCUGGAAUUCUGGGAACUGGUUUAGUUAAUUUUAAUAAUUAAUAAUGUAUUAUUUUACAUUACAAAAGCUUUAUCAUCAGCUACCACAUAGCUUUCUUUAGCUGACAAGGUUUAAUUGUCUUGCUCAAGGACACUUCAGCAGAAAGAUACACAAGGAUACUGUAAGCCAGGUACCCUCUAGAUGCUUGAAGAACAUAAAACCACCUUAUCUAAGAAGAACUCAUCAGCUAACUUUUGGGAAUUUGAACAUUCCAGUUUUGGUUGCAGCCGACUCUCAGCCACAGUAUCAUGCAGUCCAAAAGAGGGAAGGAAGCUGGAGCUCAGAACACAGGGCAUGCCCUGAGGCAUUUUCUACCAUCGUCAUAGGGUUGACCAAAUCAGUCAUACCACAGCUCUGUCCUCAUUUUCGUCCGGCUGCCUUUCCUACAUUCCCUUUUGAGGGAAAAUAUCACGUUGCUACAGAAACAGACUCCUGGCUACCUGUCACCUGGACAAUGGUCGCAUAACUCAGGGAUUAAAUGUAUACGGUUUCAAGCAUCGUAAAUAUUACAAAAGUUGUCUUUUCUUUUUGUUUUUCAAAUGUUCUGAUCACAUCAUAGAUAAAUUUUUCAAUUAUUGUGAAAGCCAGGAUCACAUAUUGCACUUUUUUUUCCUUUUGCUUUUUUUGAAAUGCUGUAUGCAUAGGUAUUUAAGGUAUCGACUUAAUCAGAAUUUGCAUAUCCAGUACUGGAAUGAAAAGCAACUGGGACAAACUCUUGGUUCACAGACUACUAAUACAUGCAACAUUUUGUUAAAGAAUUGCAGAGUUUGAAAGAAAAUGCUCAGAAUGAUGGCAAUGGAAUUUGUUUACAAUGCAUUUCAAACACACUAAUAAUUGUUAACACUUAACCAGUGGCAAGUUGUGUUUUUAGCAAUGCACUUGGUGUUUUUUUUCCUAUAAUUUAGUGAGCAUAAGGGGAAAAUAGAGACUGCAGUAUUUUUGUUUCUAUGUUAAGCAUGCCUUGUGAAAGAGGUCCCACUAUGCCAACACUGUCUCAGCACUAAUUGGUCUGUGUGGUUUAAUUAGAGGUACAAACAGUGCCACCUUUAAGGGAUAAUUGCAGAGGGAAAGCCAAAUAUGUGUGGAAGUUGUGCCACAAUUCCCAUAAAACAUGUGCACCCAUACAUAUACACAGCUAUAAAUGUUUAUGUUUACAGUAAUUUUGCUCAGAAAUCUAAGUCUUUCACUUCCAUUCUUUAGCUAAAUAUGCAGAAAUAGAAGCUAGUUGAAAGUAUGUGGGGGAAAUGCACACAGCAUUCACAGUAUGUGACCAUGUCCAGCAUAUGACAGGUUUCACUGAAUAAAACAGACCAUAUCACAUGUA